AAAUCAGAGAUUGCUUGUUUUUUUCGGCCACCCCUCUCACUAUCCUGUAAAAAUCCAAAACUCUAAAAAUCCACAAUUGGCGUGACGUAAACUCUUUUCUUGGAACUCUCAAUUUCAACUUCAAUCCUUUAUUCCUCAUUUCAUUUGUAUGAAAAACAUCAACUUAUACUCAGAAAUACUAAUAUUUUACUCAACCUUAUAAUAGAAGUAUAUUGAUUGUCUGUCAUAUGAUAUCUUCUUCUUCUUAGUUCAUUUCCUCAAGAACCCAGAUCAAUAAUAGGAGAAGAGAGAGAAAAAUGGGGUCAGAGUUGGAAGUAUCAGAGCCAUUGAUUGAAGAAUCAGAGAAAAUAAUUAAGGAAGAAGAAGAUGAGAUUAUUCCAGAAUGGGAAGAUCAAAUAACAUUGAGAGGUUUAGGUGUUAGUGCUUUAUUGGGUACAUUAUUUUGCAUAAUUACCCACAAACUUAAUUUGACCGUUGGAAUAAUCCCAUCUUUAAAUGUUGCUGCUGGAUUAUUGGGUUUCUUCUUUGUGAAAUCUUGGACAAGUUUGCUUUCUAAAUUAGGGUUUUCAGUUAAGCCUUUUACUCGCCAGGAGAAUACUGUUAUUCAAACUUGUGUUGUUGCUUGUUAUGGCCUUGCUUUUAGUGGUGGUUUCGGCUCAUACUUGAUUGCUAUGAAUGAGAAAACGUACAAUCUUAUUGGUCCCACUUAUCCGGGUAACCGAGCAGAAGAUGUGAAAAACCCUGGUUUGUGGUGGAUGAUGGGUUUCUUGUUUGUAGUUAGCUUCUUGGGACUUUUUAGUCUUGUCCCACUUAGAAAGGUUAUGGUGAUGGAUUAUAAGCUUACAUACCCAAGUGGGACAGCCACAGCUAUGCUGAUCAACAGUUUUCACACAACUAGCGGAGCUGAGCUUGCUGGGAAGCAAGUGAAGUGCCUUGGGAAGUAUUUGAGCUUUAGUUUAUUUUGGAGUUGCUUUAAGUGGUUUUUCAGUGGUAUUGGUGAUUCUUGUGGGUUUGAUAACUUCCCCACUCUUGGAUUAACACUAUUCAAGAACACAUUCUACUUUGAUUUUAGUCCAACUUAUGUGGGUUGUGGACUUAUCUGUCCGCACAUAGUGAACUGUUCUGUCCUAUUUGGUGCAAUUAUUUCAUGGGGUUUUCUGUGGCCCUUCAUCUCGAAGCAUGCUGGAGAUUGGUAUCCAGCUGAUCUUGGGAGUAACGACUUCAAAGGACUUUAUGGAUAUAAGGUCUUCAUAGCAAUAGCCCUUAUUCUCGGUGACGGUCUCUACAAUUUGAUCAAGAUAAUUGCUAUAACUGUAAAGGAAAUUAGCAACAGUAGAAGCAAAGAGAAGCUUCCAAUCAUGCAAGAGUUGCCUGGUUCAGAGGAUUCCAAAUUGCUUCUUGAGCAAAAACGGAGGGAUGAGAUUUUUUUGAGAGAUCGGAUACCUUCCUGGUUUGCUGGGGCUGGAUAUGUGGGCCUUGCUGCAAUUUCCACUGCAAUAGUGCCUAUGAUAUUUCCACCUCUGAAGUGGUAUCUAGUUCUCUGCUCGUAUGUAGUUGCACCUGCUCUUGCUUUCUGCAACUCUUAUGGAACGGGGCUCACUGAUUGGAGUCUGGCUUCAACAUAUGGUAAAAUUGGUCUUUUCAUGUUUGCUUCAAUAGUAGGAACCGAUGGUGGGGUUAUAGCCGGGUUAGCAGCUUGUGGUGUAAUGAUGGCAAUCGUUUCUACAGCAGCUGAUCUUAUGCAAGAUUUUAAGACUGGAUAUCUCACCCUUUCGUCUGCUAAAUCUAUGUUUGUGAGCCAGUUAAUUGGAACUGUUAUGGGUUGCAUACUUGCCCCUCUUACAUUUUGGCUAUAUUGGACUGCUUUUGACAUUGGCUCACCGGAUGGUCCUUACAAAGCACCUUAUGCUGUAAUCUUCAGAGAAAUGGCAAUUUUAGGAGUGGAGGGCUUUUCAGAGCUUCCCAAGCACUGUAUGGCUCUUUCUUGUGGGUUCUUUGUCGCUGCACUCGUCAUUAACUUGCUGAGAGAUGUUACACCAACCAAAGUUUCAAGUUUUAUUCCUGUUCCAAUGGCAAUGGCCGUCCCGUUCUACAUCGGAGCAUACUUUGCAAUCGAUAUGUUCAUUGGAACUGUCAUUCUGUUUGUAUGGGAGCAGAUUAACCGUCAAGAUUCUGAGGAUUUUGCAGGAGCUGUUGCUUCAGGUCUGAUUUGCGGUGAUGGAAUAUGGACGAUACCAUCAGCCAUACUUUCCAUUUUCAGGAUCAACCCUCCAAUCUGCAUGUACUUCGGACCGUCUGUUAGCGGUGGAACUUGAGUUUAUCUGUACACUACCCCUGUUCUCCGUCCUUUUGGUUCGGACAUAAACUCACUAAGUCACUACAGAAGAAGUUGUAUUUGUUCUAGCUGUAUGUUGUCACAUUAUUGUCUUUAGCUGUAGUUUUUGCUAUGUAAAUACAUACUGGGAUGGAUGAAGAUACAUGAACAAGAUCGACAGUGUAAUAGUGUCACCCACUUUAAUGCAAUCAUUUCUUCUCAUUA